CCUUCCAACCGCGUCUCUCUCUUCUGCAGAACGCUGAUGUGUAACUAACUUCAGUCUGCAAACUCGCUCCAAAAAUGUUUACUUUCGGAUCAAAAAUGUUGCUGUUGCUCCUCCUGGCUUUCCCCUGCGGCUUGAUAUCUAUGGGGAGAGUGUCUGCCAACACUGAAUCUUCUGAGGACAUUGACCCAGAUGCAUCUGUUGAUGAGGAAGAAGAAGAUGACGAAGAAGAGGUGCCGGUGGAGGAAGAUCAGAUCCAAAGCUCUGAAGGAGAUGACGACGAUGACUCUGACGCGGAUGAGAAAUUGUUAACAUCUCACACUGAUGCCGACACAACCAUCGUCUUCACGACAGGAGAAGAGUUUCCUGCCAAUGAGAUUGUGAGAUUCCUAGUGGGUUUCACCAACAAGGGCAGUCAGGAUUUCACCGUUGAGUCCUUGGAGGCCUCUUUCCGUUAUCCCCAGGACUUCCAAUUCUACAUUCAGAAUUUCACAGCUUUGCCUCUGAGUACGGUGGUUCAACCGGGCGCGCAGGCCUCCUUCGAAUAUUCUUUCAUCCCAGCUCAGCCCAUGGCCGGUCGUCCAUUCGGUCUCGUUAUCCUCCUCAACUAUCACGACACUCAGGGCUCAGUCUUUCAAACCGCCAUUUACAACCAGACUGUCACCAUCGUUGAUAAAGAAGAAGGACUGGAUGGUGAAACAGUGUUUAUGUACAUCUUCCUCAGCGGGCUAGUGGUGCUGAUGCUCUUUGCGAUGUACCAGGUUCUGGAAUCACGGACGAAAAAGAGAAUCUCAGUAAAGUUCGAGAAGGGCACUGUUGGGAAGAACGAUGUGGACAUCAGCUGGAUUCCUCAGGAGACUCUCAAUGCCAUGAACAAAGCUUCUCCAAAAAACUCACCACGGAAACGAACCAAGCGGGCAGCCGGAGCGGAUCAAUAAAGCUGUUGCCUCUCCUUCAGUCAACAUAAAGUCCACGAGGAUUUCGAAGCUCAUUUCCUCGCACAUGUCUGAUGCGUGAUGAAUGACAGUGUUUGGACUUGUUUCAAUUUCUGCUCCGCUGCUCUUAGCGUUGACAUCUUGACACUAUCUGUACUGAUUGUUCAGUUUAAGUUUUUUUUGUUUUUUUUUGUAACGAUGAAUGUUUCUGUGUGAGUACACAGGAAAUGGGUAUGGCUGAAAGCAUCUCAGCAUCUGUAUGUGAUACAGUUAUCAGCCUUAUCUGUCCGUGCCAUUUCAUAGGACCUUCAAAAAAGCCAUUUGAAUUAGAAUCUUUAUAGUCAGUGUGCAACAAUGCAAUGCAAUUGUGAUUUUAAAAAAAACAACACUACAUUGUGUCCUUGAAGUGACAUUUCAAAGAUAGCAGAGUGAUGGCAGCUGCAAUUCGAACAAAAAAAGGUUUUUCUACAGGUCGUUGGAUGAUUCCGAAAUGUGUCUUGAAGGGGUUACAGACUUUGUUGAAAGACUUUUUGGAGAAAAAUAAAUUUUACCAAAAAAAAAA